AUGCGUUAUAGUAGAGCAUUACGUAAAUGCGCACAAUACAGUAAUCUGACUCUCUUUAAACCUAACCUAUUAAAAUUCGUAAAAUUUUCAAGUAAAAACAUGUCUACAGAUAUAAAAAUACUAGAAGAAACUAAAUUAAUUUUGAAAGAUAUGUAUUUUGCUGGUGUUAAAGCGGUUUCACCAAAAACUCUAAUAAUAAAUAAAGUUAAAUUUAAAGAUGGAAUUUUACAAGUUGGUGAUCAAAGUUUCGAGUUAAAAGAAAAUGUUUAUUUAGUUGGUUUUGGUAAAGCUGUGAUGAAUAUGUCAAUAGUUCUCGAGCACAUGCUUGGUAAUUAUUUGAAGAAAGGUAUAGUUAGCGUGCCUUCUGCAUCGACAGAUGCAAUGUGGGAGUCAGAAGACAAAUCUUAUUUUCCUAAAUUGGCGACUGGUGUGGUAGAAUAUCGUGAAGGUAGUGUAAAUAAUCAACCAGACGACAGGUGUCUAAACACAACGCACGAUAUUAUAGAUUUAGUAGAAUCUUUAACAGAAAAUGAUACUUUAAUUGUAUUAAUAUCGGGUGGAGGUUCCGCAUUACUUUAUAUGCCGAGAGCAAUAAUUGAUCGUGAAGAUAAAUUGCUACUCUGUAAAAUGGUACAAAAUUCAGGUGCCGAUAUCAAAGAGUUGAACACAGUAAGAAUGAAAUUGUCUAUGGUAAAAGGCGGUGGUUUAGCUAGAAUGGCAUUUCCAGCUUCCGUUAUUACUUUGAUUUUAUCUGAUAUUGUUGGUGAUCCUGUAGACUUGAUUGCUAGUGGCCCAACGGUGUAUAACAACAAAGUACCUAGGCAUGUAAUAAAUGUAUUAAAGAAAUACGACUUGUUCGAUAAACUAGAAGGAGAUGUGAGAAAAGUUAUAAUAUCCAAGGAAACUUUUAAGGAUAAGCCAUUAUUGACUGGAAGAGGGAGAAGAAGGGCAUUUAAACAUGUAAAUAAUAUUAUUUUGGGAAAUAAUGAAGUGGCAGUUGAAGCAACUGCUUCUGAAGCGCAGCGUAAAAAGCUAACUCCGAUUAUAUUACGAACUGAUGUUACAGGCAAUGUACAAGAUGUGAGUUCAGCGUAUGCUCAUAUAACAAGUUUAAUGUGUCUUGUAUUAGAUAAAACAUUGAAGAAAGAAGAAUUCUUUGAACAAGUGAAAGAUAUUCCCAUACUUUCAUUGCCUGCUACUAAAGUAGAUGAAAUUUAUAAUUUGAUUGAAAAUGUGAGUAGCGAGGGAAUAGUAUUGAUUGGAGGAGGGGAACCAACAGUAAUAGUUAAAGGUGAAGGAAAGGGUGGUAGAAAUCAAGAACUAGCACUACACUUUUCUUUAGACUGGUUGGCAAAGAUUAAAAGUAAUCCCCGGUUUGCUGAAUAUGAUGUAAUAAUGUUAAGUGCAGGUACGGAUGGUCAAGAUGGUCCGACUGAUGCAGCAGGAGCAUUUGGCUAUCCUGCUAUUGGACCAAUAAUUCAUGAUUUAUAUGCGAAGGCAAAAAUGUUAGCUUCAGAAGGCAUAAAUCAAUUACGAAUGAAGAAAGAGGCUAUCAAAAAGAAAGAAGAAGAACGACAACAAUUAGAACAGCAACGGCCUCAAGAAAUAUGUAAAAGACAUGAAUUGAGUGGCUUUGUAAUAAUAAAAAAGGAUGAGACAGAAAACAAAGUAACAGAAAAAGAAAAUGCUUCUGCCGACGCAGAAGAUGUAGAUGACAUGGAAGAUGUACUUCCGUUGAUAUAUCGAGUAAUGGAAGUGGAACGUAUGUUGCCUGAAAAUGCUUUAGACGAUAACGAUACAUAUAAUUUAUAUUCACGAUUUAAAAAAGGUUCAGACAUACUGAAAACUGGUUUCACAGGCACUAAUGUUAUGGAUUUACAUUUUAUUUAUAUAAAAAAACGAAAGUGCGAUUGUAAAAUAAAUUUUCUCGAAAAGGAGAUAUUUGAAAAUUCUUUAGAUAAUCAUGAUCUGUAUAUUGAUCCUUCAACUAUUGAAAGAUACAGAAGAAUGCGUGAACGGAUGACUUUCGAUUGGGACGAUUACUUAGCUAGACCAUCGCAUAUUGUCAAAGAUAAGGUUGAGCAGUUAAAUAUAAAAAUUAUUGAUGAUAAUUUAGCAGAACCGUGUUGCCGCAGAGAUAGAAAAUUUUCACUUACGAAUCAUUUACAGGACGAAAAGUUACUACUGUGA